UCCGUCCAUCCCUCUGCGCGCCAGCUCCAGCGGGAGGCCGGGAGUGGCUGAAGGAUGUAGCAGCGGAUUAACGGAAGAGGAGAGGUGUGCUCAGAGGAAGAGAGCUGGACCGAGCAGACCGGGUGGGACGGAGGGGACAUGGGGAAGGACCAGGAGCUGCUGCAGGCCGUGAAGACAGAGGACCUACUGACAGCUCAGCGGCUCCUACAGAGACCACGGCCAGGAAAAGCCAAGCUCCUUGGAGCCGCGAAGCGGGUUAACGUCAACAUCCAGGAUGCAGACGGGCUGUCACCGUUGCACCAUGCUGCUCUGAGUGGUAACAAGGAGCUGAUCUCUCUGCUGCUGGAGACUCAGGCAGCGGUGGAUAUCAAAGACCAUAAAGGAAUGCGCCCUCUGCAUUAUGCUGCAUGGCAGGGGAAGACUGAACCAAUGAAAAUGCUGCUGAAAGCAGGCUCGUCAGUCAACGGACAGUCAGAAGAAGGACAGAUUCCUCUGCACCUGUCGGCUCAGCAUGGACACUACGAUGGGUCUGAGAUGCUACUACAACAUCAGUCCAACCCGUGUAUCUCAGAUUCAGCUGGAAAGACUCCGCUGGACCUUGCUUGUGAAUUUGGACGUGUUGGCGUGGUCCAGCUUCUGCUCAGCAGCAACAUGUGUGCAGCCAUGCUGGAGCCAAGACCUUCUGACCCAAACGGGGUGUCACCUCUGCAUCUUGCGGCUAAGAAUGGACACAUAGAAGUCAUAAGGUUGUUGAUUCAGGCUGGUAUAGAUAUCAACAGACAGUCUGAGUGUGGCACAGCUCUACAUCAGGCUGCCCUCUGUGGGAAGACAGAGGUAGUGCGCCUGCUGCUGGAUAGUGGCAUCAGUGCAGGAGUGAGGAACACUCUGAGUCAAACCGCUCUGGAUAUCGUUAACCAGUUCACCACCACGCAGGCCAGUAGAGAGAUCAAACAGCUGCUCAGAGAUGCUUCGGCUGCAAUGCAGGUGCGAGCACUGAAGGAUUACUGCAACAACUAUGACCUUACCAGUCUGAACAUCAAAGCUGGAGAUAUAAUCACGGUUUUGGAACAGCACUCUGAUGGCCGGUGGAAAGGCUGCAUCCAUGAUAACCGCACAGGAAAUGACCGUGUAGGCUACUUUCCCUCCAACAUGGUGGAAGUGAUCAAGAGGGCAGGUUCUCGGUCAGCAGAUAUGAGUCCUCAAGGCUCUCCCACUUUGGGACAUCAAAGCAGCAUUAGUGAGGACAUCUGGGUUCUGCGCAAACCGAUGUCAGGCGGGGAGCGCAGUGGCAGUGUGGGCAGCCUGGGCAGUGCCCGGUCAUCAAGCAGCCUGCAGAGCUCCGGAAACACACACGUCCUGACCACACCAGCACCCAGUCCUCUCCCAGCGCCCACACCUGGCGUUAACACCCAUGGCCUUAAUGCUCCAGGUCUGCACGCACAGUCAGAAGGGGUCAAGCUCCUGGCCACUGUGCUCUCUCAGUCAGCAAAAGCCAAGGAGCAUCUCCUGGAGCAGUCACAGUCUGUGGAGCAGUCAGCAAGCUCCCCUAGUUGCACAGUUCAUGAGCAGCGAUCGUUUGAGCGGAAGACAGAGGAGGAUGAUGGGAAAAAACAGGCAGUUGUGACGUGGCUGGGUGACUUUCAGCUGCAGUUCUACACCACUCACUUCCUCACCGCCGGAUAUGAUCUGGACACCAUCAGCUGCAUGACCCCUGAGGACCUGACAGCGAUUGGUGUCAUGAAGCCUGGCCAUCGAAAGAAGUUGUUAUCUGAGGUCAGCAAGCUGCCCUCAGACUGGCUUCCAGACCACAAACCUGCCAACCUGGCAGAAUGGCUGUCUCACCUGGGACUCAGUCAGUACUACCAGGUUUUUGUGCAGAACGGGUAUGAAAACAUCGAAUUUGUCUCUGACAUCAGCCUUGAAGAUCUACAAGAGAUUGGCAUCACUAAGCUUGGACACCAGAAGAAGCUGAUGUUGGGAGUGGCGAGACUGAGGGAGCUACAGAGAGGGGAAAGUGGGUCUGAGCCACCUCAGAGCUCUUCCUCGCCUCCUUCUAGUCCAGGAGGCAGCAGCGCCUCCUCCUCGCCACGUAGAGAGGCAAGGAGGCAGAGGGAUGGUGUCCUCAGCCCCCUAGCUAGACCUAGGCCGGGUCUCACACUUUCACAGACCCCUCCCCUCACACCAACCCAGACUCCCCCGCACACGCCUCCACACGCCCGCCCCCAGCAGGCCUCUCCCAGGGCUCGACCACGACCCUCCACUAAGAUGGCCACAACGGAUUCAUCGGUACCUCUGCUACGGCUGCCCUGUGAGGAAGAGGAGCGAAGAAGAACUCACAGUCUCAUUGGCUCAGAAUCAGACUCUAGAUACGCCACAGUGUGCCGCAGCAGCUCCACGCAUAACGCUUCCUCUAAUGAUGUCACCGUCAACCGAAGCCAAUCAUCUGUCACACUCCGUCCUCGUCGGAAAGGUCGACCCCCGACUCCACCCAAACGGUCGUGUUCUUCCAUAACUGGGGGUGAUGGGGAGGGGGACGGACAGGGGGAGAGGCUGUUGGGGUUACCAACCUAUCGAGAGAGGCGGGCCAGUGACUGUGGCAGUCUGGGAGCAUCUUUAAGAGCUCGGGACUCUGCAGGCCUUGAGCGAUCAGAAGGUGCUUCAGGGAGCGUUCGCAGCCUUGCAGCCAUGCUAGAAACAUCCAUAGUGCAAAAGAAUCUGGGAAGUGGCGCCAGCUAUCUCCAGGUGAGUCCGCCACUUCUUCGGCGCCAGGCAGGAGCAGGAGGUCUGGGAUCUGAAGAAGACGAUGUUGUGAGUCGGCGUAGGACCAUCGGUGGACUUGAAAGCCUCCCCGGUGAUAAUGCUGACCAGUUACCGCAGCAACCAGUGCAGCAACGUCCCGAGCCCCGGCCCCGUUCCACCGUGGUCUCCUCAUCCUCAUCUGAGAUCACAGACGGCACAGCAACACUCAGAAGGAAGCCCCGCCCUCUAGCUGCGGACCCUGAAGCACAAGAGUCUCCAACAACCACAGUGGUAACCAUGACGACUGGCUCUGACACCGUUCGCAGAAAACCACGCACUUCUGAGCAAACAGAAUGUGUCACUCAAAGCAAUAAUCAUUCCAAUUCUCCGGAUGGCAGCCGGAAGAAGAGAAAGGAGCCGCAGCAGAACGGCGGCAUGGUGCUGAGGCGGAGGCCGGUGUCCGAAGUGUCAGAUAGGAAAGAGGCCACCAAAGAGAGCUGUGAGUGGAUGGAGGCCAGGAAGUGUCUGAAACCUCCUGUCUCACCUAAACCAUCCUCCGUGAGAAAAACGCAGGCUGACCCUCCAACCCCGACGCGCAGGGUCCCCAUACCUGGGUCUGACAGUAACGAGACGGCUCAGAGUCCCGAGCCAAAGCGCGUUCCUCCUCCAGUAUCACCGAAGCCUCGCGGGCCUCCGACAGCUCCCAAACCCGGCAAAGCUGUAGCGUCUCCAGUUACCAUGAGCCCGGCUGCAGCCAGUCCCACCUCGGCCCCUAAGCCUUCCUCUGUAGCCCCUCUUCCAGCUCCUGACACCCCCUCCGGCCCCUGUCUGUCUCCGGGACUCCCUCCUACUUCCCCGUCUCCAGCUCAGAGUCCCUCCACUCCGUCGCCUCACCCCGUCAAACCUCCUCGCUCCUCCAUCGCUGGCCUCUCUAUUGACCUCCUGGGAGGAAGAGAGGUGGAGGAGGAAGAGGAGGAGGGGAGGAGAGAGAGGAAAGCAGAACACGAGGAAGAGAGGAAGCCUUCAAGGAGGGAUGGAGCGAAGGAGGAGAUGGUGGGUCACGUGGAGGAAGGGGAGAAAGAGGGAGAGAUUCAGAAUCGUUUGGAGGAGACCAGUGCCUCCUUGGCUGCAGCUCUGCAGGCUGUAGAGCACAAAAUAAAGGAGGAGGACAAGCCAAAUGACCAAAAAGGAACCGUCUCUAUCCUGGAUGACAUCGGCAGCAUGUUUGACGACUUGGCAGACCAAUUGGAUGCAAUGCUCGACUGAUCUCCUCCCCUCAUUUGAUCUCCAGCCCCCCUCCCCCUGACCCAUCCCUCAUGACAUGUAGGUGUGUGAGAAGACGGCGCUCCCAAGACUAAAUGCUGGCGCUUUGGGGAGCUCGUGUUUGAGCGUCUGGCCCUCCCAUGUUAAGUGCUUCCUGAGUAGCCUUGAAGAGGGAGUCCUCUUUAUCUGGUGCAGUAGCUCUGGCUCCUUCUCCUGAUGCGAGGAAGCUGCUCCCACACAACCUCUGACCUCUGCAGCCCAGCGCGUUACCUCCACCCAGCCUCAGACUGCUGCGUGGACCGAGAAGCACAAUAAUUCAUCUCUACACAAAAAGGCUGGCUUAGACAAACUUUCGGGUGCAGUCUUACGAAGAAACUAAGCACACUAAUUGUCUCAAAGGCAAGUAGACGGAGAGAUGAACAAACACGACACGCUCUGAUGAGGAUUUUUAAAAGCACACUGAAACACGGGCCGCUCUCUUUGCGUCCGUCUCUCCUCUAAAAUAUCAAAAGGAUUCAUUUUUCCAGAUGCGUCGUAGCCUCCGUUUCUCCUCUGUACGAGUGGAGGCCAGUGGUUCGCUGGACUUCCUGACCCGCGUGUCGUCUCUUCUCACGUUGUUGUUGGUGCUCUUGCUGUUAUUGUUGGCGUUGUUGUUUCGAGCGUGUGCGUAGUCCCUGCUUUUUGCUCAUGUCAGUGUCCUCCUGCUCGUACAGUACGUAGUUACGCUAAGGAUCAGACCAGCUAUGAAUUCUUAAGACACUUGCACAUAAAUCAGAUCGCCGGUGUUCAUCUCUACCCAUGAAGGUUUUAUGCUUGAUAAUAAUAAGAGACCAACACUGACUAAAAGCACACGUGAGGCACAACAGUGAUUUCAAAAAUAUAUUUCUUUACAUUUCAAGGCUUUAAAUAGCCCAUCCAAUCAACAUUCACACAUAGGUUUAAAACAGGCGCUCCUAAAGCGCCCUCUAGUGUUUGGUUAGUAAAAUUGCCUUUAAUGAAUUUAACCUCCUUCUCGUCUUCCUCUUUUAUCACCAUUAUUUCUAAAUCUGGUGUUUAUUCUGCAAAUCUCCGUGCCUUCGUAUUUAUCUAUUCCUUUUGUUUAACAGCUUCAUGAUUUCUUUGACAACGCCCCUUUGUGUCAGUGAUGUUCAAGUGAUUUAGCCCUAAAAGUCAACCCCCAAAUGUCUGCAACCCUCUGUAACUACUGCAAAGCCUUGUAUGAGCUAAUAUAAAUAUAUAAAAUAACAAAAAAUCUGGUAAGCUGUAAUAAGUUGGCUUCACUCCUCCCGACGCCCCCAGGUUUCAGUGUUUUCCCUUCAUGUAAGCCAGACGGUGGAUCAGCCACCAGUUUUCAUCCUAGUGAAAAGUCCACUUGUAUUUUUAUGCUCUUUAAAACAAAGAUAUAUUUGAAAGACAGAUAGUUCUAUGUGAAUAAUAAUAACUAGGAUGAUGAUCAAGAGGAAUCUAAAUGUUGAGUUGAAAUGAUCUGAGCCUGUACAUUUCUGUUGGAGUUCUGGAUGUGUUGUGACGGCUGUUGUUCCACGGUCAGGUUUAGGUUGCGUUUCUGCUGUGACGAUACAUUCCUGUACAGUUGUGAUCAGAAUAAAUGUAUAAAUUAAA